GCCGCAGUCGCGGGCCGCUCCGUCGGCCGCUCCACUCGCUCCCGGUGCCCCCGGUGCCCCGGUGCCCCGGUGUCCCCGGUGCCCCCGGACCCGCAGCAUGCGGCCGCGCGCGUGGGCGGCGGCGCUGGUGGCGGUGGCCGCGCUGGCCGCCGCCGACGCCGCGUCGCGCCGCCUCGACCAGGACUUCGAGUUCGACGACGACGCGGAGACCGCAGGCGGCGGCGGAUUGUUGCAGCAUCCGCGGCGACCCCGGAGAUACAUCUACGAUCCGAACAAUUCUCUGUGUCAGUCGCUGGUGUGCAAAAAGCGCGAAGUGUGCGUGCUACGUGACGCCUUCACCGCACUCUGUGCCAACAAAAAAGAACUGCUACGUAGGGGCGACGUGAUCGUGGCGGCGACUCCUGAAGGGUGGGCGGGCGGCGGCGGCGCGGGGCGGGAGCGUGACGACGACGACGAAGUGUUCUUCGACGGCAGCGCGCGACUCGACCGCACCCUCGACGACCCGGUCCCCGAGGAAACCAAACCCGAUAAGUGCGUGGGGUGUCCGGUGCGCGGGCGCGCGCGGUUCCUGUGCGGCUCCGACAACCGCACGUACUCGUCGCUGUGUCGCCUCGACCUGCACAACUGCGUGCGGGCGGCGGGCGGCGCGCGCGCGACGGACGGGCGCGCGGCGGGCGGCGGGCGGGCGGCGAGCGUGCGGCCGGCGUGCCGCGGGUUCUGUCCGUGCGGCGCGCGCUCCCGCCCGCCGCCGCGCCGCCCGCGUCCGCACCGCGCCCGCGACCGUGACGAGUGGAGGCAGCGGAAGUUAGAAUCCUCUCACAAUGAAGUACUAUCAGAACGUUCCUCGAGACGACGUUUUUCGCAGGGGACCGAGGGCUGCGCACUGGACAAAAUGGCGAAUCGUCUCCUCGACUGGUUCUCGGUGCUAAUGGAAGAAGCAGGAGCAACGAUUGCACCGGAAGAAGGUUUUCCUAGCGACUGUAAGCCGGAAGUUCGCUGGAUGUUCGCUCAUCUAGACACGGACGGCGACGGUCUCCUUUCGUCCACCAAUUUGUACUCUCUCAGACACGACGAGCGCGAACGAUGCCUGCGGCCGUUCCUGUCAUCGUGUGCGAGCGGCGGCGACGGCGGGGGCGGCGGGGGCGGCGGGGGCGGGGCGGGGCUCGGCCGCGCCGCGUGGUGCGGCUGCCUGCGCCGCGCCGCGCGGCCCUGCACGGCGCUCGCGCGCGCGCACCCCGCGCCGCUCGCUGGCGCGUACGUGCCGGCGUGCGACGCGCGCGGGUUCUACCGGCCGCGGCAGUGCCACGCGGCGCUGGGCGUGUGCUGGUGUGUGGACGCGCACGGCGUCGAGCGCGCCGGCUCCAGGACCAAGGGCGCGCCCGCCUGCCCCGGUGAUAAGUCAAUCCAGAACGUGAUGAGCAACGAGACGGAGGCGGAGGCGGAGGCGUCGGAGGGGAGCGAAGUCAGCGAAGGAGGCGAGGGUGUCGAGGGGGGUGAGGGCGCGGAGGGGGCGGAGGGGGCGCCGGCCGACGACGAGGACGCGGCGGGCGCCGCCAGCGGAGACGGCGACCUGCGGUUCUAGGACCUCCGCCGCUGCCAGCGCCCGCGCCGACCACACGAUGCUCGCUCUCGAGGGUCGUAACCGUCGAAUGGAAACACCGACGAUAUUCAUAGAUAACACCGCAGCACUCCGCGGAGCGGCGCCACAGUAUACCGCGUGACGUCCGUGGUGCUAUUCGAGUGCUUACACAGUAGACGGUUACCACUCUCCGCCGGGUGCAUCAUCAGCUCGUUGUACUAUUAUCAGUUUCCAUAAUGAACUAUUACGCAAAAGCUAACACUCUGUAUUACGCGCUCCUCGCUGCUGUGUUCCUCACUGUAUGCACGCAGGAGUCGCUUUUUAUAGCUUCGACUUCGUUUCGAUAAUAAUUUAAAAAUUUUGCAUUCCCCGAAAGUGUCAGACAUGAUUUCAGUUUAUUCCAAAGUAGUAGAGAACCGUUAUGUUGAUUGCGUGUAGACUGUAGGUCUAAAUUAGUUUCAAGUAGACACAUUGGCACGUGCGAGUAACAUCCCUGUUUCACAACAGACCUCGAUCAAUUUAAGUAGAUACGUUGAAAAUAUUUCGAGAAGUCUUCAGUUUUUUAUAAGUGUAGUGUACCUACUAUUGGUUUGUCUAACUAGCUAGACACCUAAUUAGAAAUUGUUUGUCGUUGACGUUUACAAAGUAAUGGAUGCAUUCGGAACGGUCUGAUGUCGGUCACAGAGGAACGAUAAUAUAGCAGACGUGAAUGCCUAAAAUGUAGGCCUAAUACUUAAUCUUAACCGUCCCUAUUUUCCAUACUAGGUGGGUACCUUUUUUCCAUGUUGGACAGGGCAUGCGGAACUAAAUGUAGAUUUGUACAUUUAUUCGAUUUCAUAAAUAUUUCACAGAUAACGAAUUAGUAACUAUUGUUAUUUUAUUUUAUUAUGGCCCUAGUGCCAAAGGCGUCGACAUAUAAUAAUUAUGUUGCAUUCCUUCACUUUAUGAUUACUUAUACUGUUCUGAUCUGAUCGGUCUAGGUUUCC